AUGUGGAAGAAAAUUAGUAUUCUUGCCCUCUUGGCAACUGUGAAUUGUAGUCCAGUGGAACGUAUUGAAGAAAAUUUAGUCGGUGCUGUCUCGGAGUGUUUAGACAAAGAUACAUCGCUAUGUUUGAAGGAAAAGGCACUUAAAUACACGGAGAGGCUUGCCGUUACGAAAGACAUAAACCUGUUCGAGGGUAUGUCACUAAUCAACACAGGAUCAGCUCGUUCUGCUCGUAGCUACGAACAACUGUCUGAAGACCCGAAGACCAGGGAAGUGCAGAUUGAAGAAAGAAUAGCCACCAACAUUGGCGAUUUCCUGGAUGAUCACGUUCUACAGCUACGCCUGACUCAAGAUUCUGAAGAAUCAAGGGAACUAGAUGAAGAAGGCCGUGGCAAGAAGAAGAAGAAGAUCAAGAAGAUCCUUCCCCUCCUCCUUCUCUUGAAGCUGAAGCUCGCUGCCUUGAUUCCUCUGUUUCUUGGUAUCAUCGCCUUUGCCGCCAUCAAGGCUGUAUUCCUAGGAAAGAUUGCCUUCGCUUUAAACGCAUUCACCCUAAUUAGACGACUUCUGUCGAAGAAUAAUUCUGGAUCAUCAGGAGCAACAAUUAGUUACGCCCCUCAUCAUGGAGGUGAUGAACACCCAGGCUACAACUACGAACCAGCCCAAGGAUGGAGUAGGAAAGUCAAUGAUGCCCAAAGUUUAGCCUAUGCCGGUCAAAUUAAUUAAUUUCGAUAAUCGA